UUGUCGGGACUACACGGCUGCUCUUGAAACUCUAUCCCUGCAUACGAUACUGAUACAAUACGCAAAACUUUUAUUUCGAAAUUUAAAUUUCAAAUAAAUACUAGUCGAUUGAUGUUUUAAUAUUAUAACGAUUAAAAAAACUGGUUGUCAUAUAUAUUUUGUUUCCGUGACUGAAUUCGAAUUUAGAAAAUUUAUUUUUAAUUUUUCUUUUUUAAAAUGACACUGGUGCAGUGGUCAGUGGUUAUUCGAUGAAUAAAAAAGUGUUUGUCUAUGAAAAUAGGGGGGUUGGAGACUGUUGAUCAUAAUGACUCGUGGUCUAAAGACCAGUCUUCGUGUUCUGGUGAUAAUAUAAACUGGACGUUAUGCUACACACACAUAAAGCGGAUAGUAACCAUCCUCAUGCCUUUUUAUGAUGAUAUGAUGCUGGAUCCCAGCGGGAAUUUUACAUUCAAUAUAUCUGCAAAAUGGCUAAUAGAAACGUCUAAAGGUAUCCAACAACCCAACGUACUUCUCGAGAAGUUCUCCCAGAACAGAAAAGUUGAUGACCCCACUAGAUCACUCCUGCUUACGUUUUAUGGCAUUCUGGUACUUAUAGGAGCUGCGGGAAAUGCUCUUGUUGUUCUAUCUGUAGUAAGAAAGCCUUUAAUGAGAACAGCAAGGAAUAUGUUCAUUGUCAACCUCGCUGUCUCAGAUGCAUUGGUUUGUUGUGUUGUUACACCACUCACACUUAUGGAACUUUUGACCAAACAUUGGCCGUUGCCAGAUUGGUUAGUUUUAUGCAAGGCUUGCGGAGCUAUACAAGCAAUAUCUAUAUUUGUCUCAACUAUAUCUAUAACAGCCAUUGCAUUGGAUAGAUAUCAGCUUAUCGUCUAUCCAACUCGUCCCGGUCUACAAACAAUGGGAGCUUUAGUCACCAUGUUCUUCAUCUGGCUAACAGCGUUUACACUUGCAUCACCCCUCUUCAUCUUUAGGACUCUAAAAACUCACAAGCUAGGUAUCAUAGGAAUAGAUUCCAUAAGUUUCUGUAUAGAAGACUGGCCGAUAGAGAACGGGAGAGCUAUCUACUCUGUAUUUAGUUUGAUUUUCCAAUAUCUACUCCCUGUCUUAGUUGUAAUUAUGGCACAUGUACAAAUUCACCGGAGGCUACGUGGGAGACGACGGACCACUAGAAAAACUCCGGCUAUUUUAAUAGCAAUAGCUGUCACAUACGUGAUUAGUUGGUUGCCACUGAACGUGUUUAAUUUAGUAGCAGAUUUCAGUCCAGAACCAAUUUUGGAUGAGAAACCAAUGACAAUAACGUACGCUAUUUGUCAUAUGUUCGGCAUGUCCAGUGCCGUAUCUAAUCCGUUGCUAUAUGGAUGGUUGAACGAUAAUUUUAGAAAGGAAUUCGAGGAGAUACUGUGUUGCUGCCGUAAGAAGGGUGAGAUUAAAAAGAGUACGAGGACCAAGAGCAGGAAGUUAGAAACGGAGUUAACAGCAUUGCAGUUGGAACACACAGUGACCGCAAACACAAAGACAUCUCAAUGCUCCCAGAUUUUCUGACUAAAGACUUGCUUUAAAUAGCAUGAAAGUAGCAGUGUUGAAAUGCAAAAUAUCUGAACUAAGUGUCAAUUGGAAGUGACUAAUGAAUUUGUUAUUACGGUGUAAAAAGUUCCUUUGUUAAUUUAUCAUGUUGAUGAUGUAAAAAUAAUUUAGAAUAAUUAUAAAUAAGAUUGUAGCUACGGUUAUGUAUAUUGAUAGGUUAACAUUGUACUGUACGUUUUCGAGCCCAAAACGUAUA